GGGAAGCAUACAGAGGAUUGGGCACUCAGACAUGUCCGAUACGUGACUAUGUGGGAUAGGAGAGCUGAGCUAGCUGUGGCUGGGACACCCACAUAUGUGCCAUCAGUUUCAGGAGAUUACAUGGGAUGGUACUACAGCAUCACUCGGUUGUUUGUGUCUCCUUCGUUCAGACUCCCUACUCAUCAUUAUCAGCCUAGCUCAUUGGCAUUGCAUCUUACGACCCGAGCUUUGCAGCGCAUACAUCAGCGGGCUACUGCCACUGUGACUGAUAUUCCUGAUGUGGACAUGUAUGGACAGACUCUGACAGGCAUUGCCUCGUUAUGCUCAGAUGUGUUGGGUCGAGUAGACUACGGACAUCUUA